GAUGGCUUCAGCCUGGCAGAAAACUCAGGAAUUCUACAACUGGGUUCUUGAAAGUGGAGAUCCCAGGACAGACCCAUGGCCGCUGGUCUACUCUCCCCUUCCAGUCACACUUGUCUUCUCCUCCUACCUCCUGGUGGUGGCUCUGGGGCCCCUCCUGAUGCGGCGGCGCAGACCCCUGGAGCUGAGGGGGCUGCUGCUGGCCUACAACCUGGCCAUGAUGGCACUGUCCACCUACAUGUUCCACGAGUUUUUGGUAACUUCAGUCCUGGGCAACUACAGCUACCUGUGCCAGCCAGUGGAUUACAGCCAGAGUGAACUGGGAAUGCGGCAGAUGGCAAGAGUGUGUUGGUGGUUCUUCUUCUCCAAAGUCAUCGAGCUGCUGGAUACGGUUUUCUUCAUUCUGCGCAAGAAACAGGAGCAGGUGACUUUCCUGCACGUGUACCAUCACGGCUCUAUGCUGUUCAACUGGUGGUCAGGGGUCAAAUAUGUGCCUGGAGGACAAGCCUUCUUUAUUGGGAUGCUGAACUCCUUUGUCCACAUCUUCAUGUAUGGCUACUACGCCCUGGCCAGCCUGGGACCACGGAUGCACCGUCACCUGUGGUGGAAGCGCUACCUGACCAUCCUGCAGCUGUGCCAGUUUGUGGCCAUUGCUGCCCAUUCUUCCUACAACCUCUUCACAGAGUGCCCGUUCCCUGAUGGCUUCAACACUGCGGUCUUCCUCUACAUCCUCAGCCUCAUGGCUCUCUUCCUACGCUUCUACUACAGGACCUACAUUAGGGGGAAGCAGGACAAGCUCACUUAAAGAAAAUCUGAAGGAAAACCAAGGAGGACACUGAGCACAGGCUGAGGAACUUGCACAUUCCUGCUGCUUGUAACGCGGUUGCAGGAAAAAAAUGUGUUGUGGGGAGUGUGUGUGAUCCUCAUGUGCUGCCUUCAAAUACCUCAAGGUAGGGAGAGAAAAGGAAUGACAAAGCCAGGGAUGAAGGUAUUGAGGAGCUCAUUUAAUAAGGCUGAGGCAAAGCUAAGCCAGGCAGUCCCCAGCAUAGCAGGCUUUUUGAAAUCAGCACAGGAAGGUCUUUUUCCCUUCCAUCACUGUCCAAGGUCUGGCAUCCAACCACAACUCCCCUGUCUCGUUUCUUAGGCUGUAGAGGGUUUCUUUGCAUUAACAAAUCUAUCUCAGCUUGCUGCUCCAGAUCAGGCAGGGCCAUGUGGCUCCAGCCUUGUCCAAGCAGUGUCCAAGUGGCCAGGACCUCACUGGGAAUGCAGGAUGCACUCAGCUGUCCACUGCAUCCCAAAGCUCCUGCUGGGACUGGGGGGAAUUACAGCUGGUGCUUACCCUGGUGGUGUAUCUUUAUGUAAGCACGAGCAUGAAGGAAGCUGGGCAUUAUGUUGUCUGGCUGGACAUGUGCCUUCACUGUCCUGAAGUGAAAGAAGGCAUUUUUAGCACUUUCAUCCUAAGGAAGUGGAGUAAGAACUGCCAUGUACCAUUUUCUUAUUUGCCUUUGGUUGCUCUCAUAACAACAGAGAACUUUUAAUGCAUGAAGGCUACUUGGUAUUGCUCCUUAUAGGUGCCAUAAUUUUACUAGAAAGAAUGGACUGAGGUUCCCUAUUCACAACAUUUUUCCUCCAAUUUUUGUUAUUAUUUUUAAUAUUUUUUUAAAAAAAUUUUGCUUCUCAGCAAGCAUAAAGAGCUUAACAGCACCAUAAGCAACCACCUCCACUACCUAAUAUUUGUAUUAAUACAAAGUGUAUAAAAGUCAAUUCAUUGCCUAGUGCAAAGCUGCAGAGUUCCACUGACUUUAAUAUAUCAUUUAUUGGCUUUGUUUUUACUCCUAAAUCCAUUACAGCUAGAAUUUUGCACUUAUUUUCAUCUUCAGACAGUUAAAUGCCAUUGAAGUUUUGACGUGGCGAUGCUUUGA